AUGCCUCUUUCAGAAGUGGACUUCACCGUGUCCGACUUCGACCCUGAACACGAAGCAUUGGCGUCCACCCGCGAGUUCGGCAGUCCGCAGCUUCCCACCAUUAGACGCACCUACGAGGAAGCAGAACCCGACUUUGUGAUCAACACGUCAACUCUCGAACACGCUUUCCCUGAAUUUUCCCAGCUGCCCACAUCGGAAGAAGAAGACGACGACGAAGGUCAACAAAAAGGAGAUAUGGACCGAGACACGAUGUCUGAUGUCAGCGACCUGUCCAUGGAGAUGGGCCGCGGUGCCUCCGGCAAACCUCCUCGCCGCCUCGAUGACUCUCGUGAUUCUGUGAUGUCGUUCCAGAACAGCGUUCGCUCCUCCUCACCGGCUGUGCGCGUCGAGUAUCCAACCCCUCAGAAACAACUCGGCUCGCGCGCGACAUCUCGACGCGCAGUGAGCGAGAAUCUGCGAAAAGAUGCCCAAUUGCGACGCGCAACCCAGGCUCAGAAGGAGAUCAUGAGCCCUCAAGUCUCCGGCAAAGCACAACGUGACCAACGCCGGACGCUCUCGGAAAUGCACGCGAAAGUACGCGACAGUUACGACGGCUCAUUCCUGGGAGACGAGCGUCCUGCUCCAAUUGCAACAAACACACGAUCGACGCGUUUUGGCAAUCCCAACAACUCACAAGAGAUUGCAGAUGCGGUCGAGCGCGCCUCGCGUGAAGCUUAUGCGAAAGAGCUGCGCAAAGCAAGUACUGCAGGCACGCCCCGCAAGACAACCACCUCUCACCUGCACAACCACACAACCACGAUGGGCGAUACCAUGACGCGCCAGUCAUUCCUUCUUCCCGACCUCCCCAAUAUCUCCGAGCUUGUUUCUGGUGUGUACGAAGACGGCACGCCUGUCUUUACUCGGCAACCCAAGAUGCGCUCCACUCGAUUUGUGUCUCCUCUCCAUGAUGCCACUGACAUGUCCCUAUCGCGGGAACAUUUGCCCCUCGAUGCGGUUCCCAUUCCUGAAGAUGAGAAGGCUUUGUUUGUCUCCCUCCGACUCCUCCAGGACAAGGUCUCAGAGCUGGAGAUGUACAAGUCUGAUGCAGAGAGGCGAAUUGAGCAUUACCGCGCGGAGAAUGCAGUACUCAAAGCUGGCCGGUCUCGAACCUCCGACAAGUAUGCAGUGGAAGAUGUCGACUAUAAGAAGGGCUCGAAGCGACUAAACGCAGAUAACCAAAAGCUCGAAGCAGCCAAUGUUGCUCUACAAAACCAACUUGAUAUUGCGGACCGCAAGUCCCAAGUUCAAGAGGCAGCAGUCAAACGCCUCAACCAUGAGAGAGAGUCGGCAAUUUCCCAAUUAGGCGUGGCGUACCUUGAGACUAGAGAACUUAGAUCCGAGAAUGAUCAACUGCGCGAAGAAAAUGCGACCCUAAAGACCCAGCUGGCCCGGUUCUCGAACAAGCCUCGCGAUCAAGACGCCCUCGAAUCCGAUGCCAGCCUCUCUGCCUCUGAUCCCGAUGAUAGCAAUGCGUAUAGCGCAGAUAUGAGCCGCAGCACAAGAGACCUUACCUCGAAAAGCAGCCGCAACAAUCUGAACUCCAAGCGCCAGGAUGACUCUCGGGCUAAGAUUUCUACCCAGGUGGACAAGGAAAUCUCUCGACUGGAGAAGGAACGCGCGGAAGAGGAAUUGUUUUCAAUUGACAUGCCUACUUCAAAGCGGACAUCUGGAUCGAAAUCGGCCAGACCUCACCGUUCCCGUCACUCCGAGUCCAAGAGCUCCCGGAAAGAGCCAAACACUUCUAAGCAGCGUGUGAAGCGAGUUGUUCUGGAAGAUCUGAGUGGUACAGUUGACUCCACUGAACAAACGAAGCCUUCCUCGGAGGUGGAGGAUCUGACACUGCUAAGUGUCAUUGAUGAAAAUGAAAUUGCCCGCCUGCGGAAAACAUUGGAGGAAGAGAGAUUGUCGCGCAAGCAGCGUCGCUUGAGUGGUCCGAAAGAUGCGAAAGAUACUACAGCUACCGAAACCAUCGAUUUAACUCGCCAGAGCAUACUGAAGGCUCCUCUUCCACGCAAGUCAUCCCUUCGCGAACCCAAGCCUACCAUUUCCCGCCCUGCAUCAGCUGCAGGCGAUAUUACCACUAGAUCGGCAACUACGACAGAAGGCGACAGCAGCCUCGUGGUGCCUACCGCUGAACGCCCGAGACGUCAUUCAGAUCACUCGGUGGCCUCCCUGCCUCAACGCAAGAAGCGCAGGAAUAUCGAGGAAAUGACCUCUGCCUUCAUUCUUCCUGACAUCACCCUGAGCCGUGCAGAGCUGGCCGCCAGUCACCCCUCUCGCCACUCCGAGUCCGCCCAGCGAGCCCUGGAUGACAUCGCCCAGCAUGACGGCAACAACUGCAUGAUUUGCAAGAACGUUCUUCCCCACGACGGCCCUUGCAACCACGAAGCUGUCAAGAUUCCGAAGCCUGUCCCUGUUUCAGAGCGUAUGCCGGCGACAGAGGAUCCGACCAUGCGUCCUUCUCAGCCUCCCGCAGUUGCCCUCGCUACCGUUCUCAAGACUUUGGAGGAUGAGCUCUCUCACCUGAAGAUGCAGCUUGCUUCCUACCAAAGAGCCCAUAACAAACUUGACGCCUCCCUCGGCAAGCGGCAGCGGAAAUCGGUCAUGCAAAAGAUCGAGACUGUUCUGAAGGUUAUCGAUAUGAAGUCCGAUCAGAUCUAUGCUCUCUAUGACGUCCUGGAGACCUGCAAGGGCGAAAUUACGAAGCGAGACCUUGAUCUCACGCUGGAAUCUAUUGGCAUCGAUGUGACGGCGAACAGCGGGAAGACUCGCACGGGACUAGUGGAUUUGGAGGAUGAAGACGAUGAUGACCUGCCCUGGGAGGGCAUUGAGAGCACUGCGGAGUUGACUGGCCGUGCGUAA